UCCACACCUUCCCGACUUCGCCCAGGCACAUGCUCUCCCAUCACAAUCGAGAGCGCGGUCAUCAUCGCUGCGCACUUUGAGGCCCAUCAAAGGCCGUCUGUGGACCGGUUGCGUAGUCGGAGGUUGUUGCACCUCCGCCUGCUGUCAUGGCGCUGAGCAGAUUCGCGUACGUGCGGUCGUAUGAGCAACAGGAUGCUGCGUUGCCCAACACGUAUAUGCUGGUCAGGCUGGAUGGCAAAGGCUUUCACAAAUUCAGUGCGAAGCAUCUAUUUCACAAGCCUAAUGACGCGAGAGCUCUGGAGCUGAUGAACCAUGCGGCCAGGAAGGUGAUGGAGCAGCUCAGACCUGAGGUGGUGUUGGCCUUCGGAGAGAGCGACGAGUACAGCUUCCUCUUGAGGCGAUCAUGCACACUCUACAGCAGGCGCCAAAGUUUCACCGAUCCGCUCAGCAAGAUCUUGACCUACGUAACGUCGCUCUUCACUUCGAACUACGUCCUGGCUUGGAGCACAUUCUUUCCUAAUCAGCACCUGGACGAGGCGCCUUCAUUCGAUGGGAGAUUGGUCUUGUACCCCACGGAGAAGGAAGUCAGGGACUACUUCUCGUGGAGACAGGCUGACACUCAUGUCAACAAUCUAUACAACACCGUCUUUUGGGCAAUGGUGCAAGGAGGCAAGACAGAGAGGGAAGCUCACGAAAGAUUGAAGGGCACACUCUCAGCCGACAAGAAUGAAAUCUUGUUCAACGAGCACAACAUCAAUUACGAUUCGCUUCCUCCCUUGUUCCGCAAAGGCAGCACGUUGGUGUGGCGGCCCGAGACAGACGCUUGUUUCAAACAGAGCGACUCAUCGUCACCGAGCUCGUUGCAGGUCAAAACGAAGGGUAAGAGCAAGAUGACGCUCCAGACCUUACACGUCGAUAUCAUUGGCCACGCCUUUUGGUCAUCCCCCCGCAUACAGCCUCGAAGCUCAACACCACUAGCGGAGACGAACGGAGAUGCUGAGGCCAGCGAGCAGGGUGGUGCUGCAGACCAGCCCGACUCAGACCGAGCUUUGAACGUAGUGAGCGGGCCAGCGGAACAACCAAAUCGGACGGACUCGCAUCGCACCAACGCCUACGCAGGGCUGGGUGCCAGAGCACUUGCCAGCUGAGCUUGAAGAGAUCCUCACUAAUUUCGGAACGCAAACCAUCUGCGGCCGAAUUAACCACAGGCUAGUGCCCGCCAUAGCGUUCGCCUCCAUUCGUCUUGUCGCCCGCAACCCCGCAGCUACCGAGACGGUGGACCGGACUGUCAGGUCGCUCGAUCACCCCCAAAGAGCUCUGCUUUGCCUACUCUCCCGCCUAUGGUAUGGUCCAGCACCCUCCACAGCAUGCGAUCUCGCGUGCCAAGAGGUCGUCAGGU